AUGGCCGCCGUUCAACUUAAGUUCUCCCUCCGGACCUCGUCCAACGUCAAGACCGUCCACCUCGUCGGUUCAUGGGACAACUACCAGCGCCAAAUCCCCCUCUCCAGCGAAGGCAAGCCCGGUGCCUGGGUCGGCAAAUUCCGCUUCCAGACUUCAAUGCUCCAACUUGGAGGCCGCUACUGGUACUACUAUAUGAUGGACGGAUACCACGUGUCGCACGAUCCUGCCGUCGAAUACACCGUCGAGCCCACCACCGGCCGCAAGCUCAACAUCCUCGAUGUUCCCGGCGGUAAGCCCACCAGCCGCGCCUCCGCACCCAAGACCAGCCGCAGCAGCAACAUCGCAACCGGCCGCGCCCUGUCCCCCUCGCGCAUCCAGCACCCAAAGCCAACCAAGCACUACGCCUCCCGCCAACUCCGUGAAGCAGACUUCGCCCCAACUGUCGACGACCUGACCCGCCGCUUCGCCGGCUCCCGUCUGUCAGACGAGUACUCGUACUCCAACAGCCCGCCCAGCUCUGCGGGAUCAUCUCUCUCGUCGCGGUCGUCUUCAGGCUCCACCUCACCCUCGUCUCUUUCGUCCAUGAGCGAGCCCCCCGUGCACUGCCGCUGCGAGCGCUACGGUAUCACCCGCAAGGGUGACCGCGUCAAGCUCGACUGUGGUGGUGCCCGCUGUGGAUAUGUUGAGUCUUCCGAUGAUAGCUGCUCUGAAUCUGAGUACGAGAGUGAUGAGGAGUACUGCCGUGCUCGCAACGCUGUUCGUCGUCAGGGUAUCGUUGUUCGUCGGUAG